AUGAUAGCAGUUCAGCAGCAAACCGAGCUGAUUCCCAAGCCACAGCUUGCUGCUCCGGAGCCGGAACACUGUCCAGGCCCGGAGUCGGAAAAGGCUGGACAGGCGGAUGCGUGUGCCGGUUGCCCCAAUCAGUCCAUUUGCGAGUCCUUGCCCAAGGGACCAGAUCCAGACAUAGAAAUUAUAACGAAGAAGCUUUCCAGUAUAAAACACAAGAUUUUGGUCUUGAGUGGUAAGGGAGGUGUUGGAAAGUCAACUUUCACUUCGAUGCUCUCGUGGGCUUUGGCUGCGGAUCAAGACCUGGAAGUUGGCGCCAUGGAUUUGGAUAUAUGUGGACCAUCUCUGCCCAAAAUGCUGGGAGCAGAAGGAGAAACCAUCCACUCGUCUAAUUCCGGAUGGUCUCCAGUUUACGUGAGUGAUAAUCUUGGAAUGAUGAGCAUAGCGUUCAUGCUGCCUGACCCGAAUUCGGCAAUCAUAUGGAGAGGAAACAAGAAGAACGGUCUCAUUAAACAGUUUCUCAAAGAUGUGGAUUGGGGCGAUUUGGACUACCUGGUUGUUGACACGCCACCAGGAACCUCGGAUGAACAUUUGAGUGUGACUACGUAUAUGAAAGACAGUGGAAUAGACGGUGCUCUUGUGGUGACGACACCCCAGGAGGUUGCCCUACUGGAUGUUCGCAAGGAGAUCGAUUUCUGCCGGAAAGCAGGAAUCAAAGUGCUGGGAUUAGUGGAGAACAUGUCUGGAUUUGUGUGUCCAAAUUGUCAUGGAGAAUCCAAGAUUUUCAAGCCAACCACUGGUGGAGGGGCAAAGCUGGCCAAGGAAAUGGGAAUCAAGUUCUUUGGAUCUGUUCCUUUAGAUCCAAGAAUAGGCAGAUCGUGCGACUCAGGUGAAUCGUUUUUGGACUCGUAUCCCGACUCACCAGCUUGUACGGCGAUUUUGAGUGUGGUGGAUGCUUUACGCGAUGAGAUAGGCGAUAUAUGA